AUAAGAGGGAAGUUAGAGAAAACGUUUUAUCUGGAACUGUUAAAGUGUGUGCUUAGUAAUGAUGAAAACCUUGCUUUUGCUUCUCCUAAUCACCGUUCAGUUUAAGAGUGGAAACUGCAAGGGGGGCCCAUGUGCUGUUUAUAUUGAAAUCUCGGACCUAUUGAAAAGAAGUCCAUCCUACAAACAGGAUGUCAUGCCUCUCUGUGACAAUCACCUGACCACUGGCUGGUACAGGGCGGGAUACCUUAAAAUGCCAACAUCUCCACCUGAUCUUGGAUCUUGUGGGACUUAUUACCCUUACUGGUUAAACGGUGAUCAUCCACCGACAAAUCUAAUGAAAAAUGUUAAAGUUUGCAAGGUUGGAACUACAAACCAAUGCUCACAAGAAAUCGAAUUAAGCGUGAAAAACUGCAGUUCCUACAUGGUAUAUCAUCUACCCAAGGUCAAUUGCUGUAACUCUGCUUAUUGCUUUGAAUCUGACCAAAAAUGCACUCUAGAUGGUCCAAAGGACCCAACUGUUUCCUAUCACAAUCUAUCAUGGGAUCGCGAAGAUCGGGGUGUUGUUAGUAGAUAUGACCCUAGUGUAAAUUUGAUAUGUAAAUUUACGCCCUUAAAAAACGAUUCGUUGUUUUACGACAUCUCAUGGUAUGUAGACGACCUAGAAGUUGUUAAAGGCCAAACUGUUACCUCCCAUACUCUAGACCGUGCACUGUUGUCUGCUUUCGACAUCUUAAAGAAAAACAAAACAGCGGGAUCUAUGAUUCACUGUGUUGUCGGAAUUAAAUCAGCUAAGGAGGGUUCUCCAUGUGCCUCGAAAGCAAGCCCACUAUUUUUUGCUGGCAUUAAGGUAUUGACUCCCCAGCUUUACAUUAAGAAAGGAAAUAGCGCUGAUUUGAAGCUGCAGUUAACUAUACCAUAUGCAGAUGAAACUAUCAUGAUAUCCGGUUAUGCCACUAGAGCGCCUCAACUGAUUGUGACUGCAAAAAUUUCUAAAUAUACUUUACUUGAAUGUGACAGGGAGUAUAUAUCAUUUAAGCGUGAUGAUUACAUGAUUUGUGAAGUCUGGAUUAAAUCAUACACCUAUACGGAACGAGAUAGUUAUGAAACAGACGAUUGGAAACGGAUAUAUAGUAUGUCCAUACACAAUCACGGCUACAGAGACAGAGUAGUGUCAUUGCAAUUGAGAACUAGGCAGACCCUAGGUCCAGGAAGCAGAAUAUUCAGCAAUAUAAAAUUACAAGAAAUACAGGUAUAUAUCUAUAGCGACGAAGCACCUCCUAAACCAACAGUGCCUUCAAUAACAGUACCAACCUCUGAUGACUGUGCAGCAAAGAUCUUUGCUACAAUCACGCCCUCUACUCCAAUAAUGAUGACGAAAAAUAUGACGACAUCCCCAACCUCACCGGCAACAGCAGAAUCAACGAUAGUUUUAAACAAAACGAAAUGUAAGAAAAGUAAAAGAUCAUACAGUAUGAGAUUUAUUUUCAGAAGGGUGCGUAUACUGAGUAAACUCGUUCAUGUCUUAAUUUAGAGUCGACCGGUGUUAUCAACAAAUGACGUAAUCAUAAAACAAGAGGCCCAUGGGCCACAUCGCUCACCUGAAAAGCUUUGACCAUUCUAUUCUUUACCAGAUUUCCCCCUUGUAAUACAUAUUGCAUCCCCAACCUGUCCCACUGAGCAUAAUUUAGAAAUUUUGAAAUCAACACUACCCCCAUGAUCCUUCCAUGAGCACAUAUGUUUCAGCUUUUCUGGUCCAGUGGCUCUUGAGAAGAAGAUUUUCAAAGAUUUUUCCUAUAUAUUUCUAUAUAAAACUUUGAUUCCCCAUUGUGGCCCCGCCCUUCCCCCGGGGGUCAUGGUUUGAACAAUUUAGAAUCUACUCUAUACCAGGAUGCUUCCACAUAAGUUUCAACUUUUUUAGCCCAAGGUUUUCUUGCGAAGAAGAUUUUCAAAG